AUGGUCGGCACGACGGUACUAUGCAGCACGUGCAAUGCACACUUCAACGACAAUGCGAUUAGACGACAACAUAUGGGCGGAGACUGGCAUGUCUACAACAUGAAACGACGGAUUGUCGAGCUUUCGCCAUUCUCGCUCGAGCAAUACCAUUCUCUCGUGUCAGAAGAUCAUAUCAAGCACGAGGCGCUAGAAACACCGGAAACGCAGCUAGAAAGUGCCGCAGACAACAACCUUGCAACGCCAGAAUAUCGAGGUGUCGACGAGACAGAAACUACGAAUGCAGCACAAUGCCUCUUUUGCUUGAUCAUGAGCAAUUGUCUACAUGACAAUCUCGAGCACAUGGCUACUACGCACGGCUUCCACAUCCCUCGUCCGGACAAGCUCGAGACUGAUGUCGAGACUUUGCUUGCGUACCUUCAGCUGGUCAUCACUCAGUUUACCGCCUGCCUGUAUUGUGGCCAUGAGAAGCAAUCCGCAGAAGCGACACGUGCUCACAUGCUCGGCAAAGGGCAUUGUAUGAUCGACCUCUCACCCGAGUCUGACUUUCGGGAGUUUUGGGAACCCAUCGAAGGUGACACCUCGACUCAGCAAAUGCUAUCAGAGACAGAAAUGCGUACAGCUGCAGGCACCAUAGUCACGAGCAGGCAGCAUCAGCAGUCUGGACUCUUCGAACGAGCUCGGAGCCGCACAUCGCAAGAUGUCGCUAUCGUACAAUCGACUUCGCAAACUGCAGCACAAGGCGAGCGACCUGAGCAGAGCACUUCAACAUCGACCAGCAGAUCUCUAGCCCUUCGCGAUCAGAUGGGCAUCGGAGGCCUAUCUGACACCCAGAGACGAGGACUCGCCGUCGUCCAGAACAAGAUGAUGGCUCGCGAGCAACGGUCACGAAAUGAGGCACGAUGGGUCCUGGAGAAGUUCGGUAACAAGACGAAACAGAAGCACUUCAAACCCGACGUUCCUGGGAGAAAGAAUGGAUGA